AUGAAAUUGCUGCAAUGGAUCGCAAAAAAACGUAAACUGAUGACACUGUAUGGUGCUCUUCACCCAAGAAGCGACAUUCAUCGAUUAUAUUUACCGAGAGAAAAGGGCGGAAGGGGGUUGAUCAGUUGUGAAGGAUGCAUUCGUACAGAGGAGAACAGUUUGGGAUGGUAUGUAAAGAACAGUGUGGAACCACUUUUACAACAAGUUGCAAAGACAGGUGUGAUUGAAACGGAAAGAUGCGAAACAAAAGAAAAUUUUAAGAAGAAAGCAGUAGAGGAGCUAGAGAAAGCCUGGAUUGACAAGAAAAUGUAUGGACAAUAUAACAGAGAUUUAGGUAAAGAAGUGGAUAGGGAGAAGACAUGGUGGUGGCUGAAGAAAGGAGACUUGAAACCUGAGACUGAAGCACUUCUUUGUGCUGCACAAGAACAAGCUCUAAGGACAAAUUAUGUAAAGUUUCACAUAGAUAGAACUGUUGAGUCUCCACUCUGUAGACUUUGUGGGGAAAAGGGAGAGCAUAUAACACACUUGAUAAGUGAAUGCAAGAAGCUAGCACAAAAAGAAUACAAACGAAGACAUGACAAUGUGGCUCGCAUAGCCAGCAUAAGAACAAAACUGUGA